AUGGCCGAAUCACGCCUUUUCAAGCCGUUGAAAAUAGGCAAUGUGGAAGUCAAACAUCGCAUUGGCAUGGCUCCAAUGACUCGCAUGCGUGCAACUGAUGACCGCGUACCGACCCCGUUGAUGAAGACAUACUAUGGCCAAAGAGCCGCUGUGCCUGGCACUUUGAUCAUUUCCGAAGGCACCCUUGUAUCGCGGUCAGCCGGCGGUGGAUUCCCCAAUGCACCUGGCAUAUGGAGCGAAGACCAGAUUUAUGCCUGGCGAACAAUCACCGACGAAGUCCACCGCAAAGGCUGCUUCAUAUUCUGUCAGAUCUUCGCAAUGGGCCGUGCUGCGGAGGUCGAAGUGGCUAAGAAAGAGGGAAUUAGCAUUGUAGGGCCAAGUGCCAUUCCAAUUAAUGAAGGCGCCCCGAUACCACAGGCCAUGACCAUUGAGGAGAUCAAACAAUCGGUUCAAGACUUUGCGACUGCGGCGGAUAAUGCGAUUCGCGCAGGGUUUGACGGUGUCGAGUGCCACGCUGCAAACGGCUACCUCGGGGAUCAAUUUCUUCAAGACACAAGUAACCAGCGCGAUGACGAGUAUGGUGGGAGUGUGGAGAAUAGAUCUCGCUACUUUCACGAAAUCUUGAAGGCUGUCGUCGACGUUAUCGGCCCGGAACGUGUUGGUAUUCGUCUCAGCCCGUGGAGCCCGUUCCAGGGAAUGAGGAUGGAGAACCCAAUCCCGCAAUUUGAGGAUAUCAUCAAGAAAUCCAGAGAGUUGAAUCUGGCGUAUCUGAGUUUAGUUGAGUCGCGGGUGUCUGGCGCCGAGGAUUACACAGGCAAUGAACGGUUGGACUUUGCGUACAAGCUCUGGAAUGGGCCUCUCCUUGUUGCGGGGGGGUAUAAGCCGGCGGAUGCACUGCAGCUUGUCGAUGAAGAAUAUCCAAACAAGGACAUUGUUGUGGUUUUUGGCAGAAACUUUAUUGCAAAUCCAGAUCUGGUGCAUAGAAUCAAGGAGGGCUUGACGCUUAGUGUGCACGAACGCAAGACCUUCUACACUAACGACUCAGCUGCCGGUUACGUGGAUUACCCGUUCAGCGCAGGGUAUCUGGCUAGCGAGGUUGUUUAGAUGAUUCAAGAUAGG